GGCUUCCUCACUGACUUUUCUUUGCGUCGGAUUGUGCUAAGGAAAAUCAAACGGAGAUUACAGUCAAAGCAAGCAGGCAUCGUUGCUAACAACUACUGCAUAAACUCCAUUGCAAUCGAGCUCACCACUUGAUUUUUGGCACAUUCAUGAGUCCAAUCGACUGAUAGUUGGUGAUCAUGGUAAUGGAGGGACUUUGCAGUAUUGCAUCGCUUAUCACGUUAGAGAAGACGAAUGGAAAUUUUUUGGUGUGAGUGUCAACUACAAAUCCCUGCUGACUUCUUCUAACAAUUCUUCUUCACAGUUCCAGAGAGACACACACCAAAGGACGAUAUCUAUUUGUCGGAAAUAAGGGAUUGAGCACACUGAAUUAGAACUUUGUCUUCAACAUGACUGCGGUUGGAUUUGAUUUUGGCAAUGAGAAUUGUGCUGUUGCCUUUGCAAGGAAAACUGGAAUCGAGGUUGUACUAUAUGACGAAUUGAGGCUAGAAAUUCCUUCUGUUGUAUGCUUUGGCAACAAACAGUGAUUCCUUGGAACAGCGGGAGCGGCAUUAAGAAUGACGAAUCCAGAAAAUACAAUUUCACAGAUAAAGAGACUAAUUGGGCGGCAGUUUUCAGAUCCUGAGCUGCAACAAGAUCUGAAGGUAUUGCCAUUUACUGUCAGCGAAGGCCCUGAUGGAUACCCAUUGAUACACGCACAAUAUUUGGGAGAACCCAGGAGGUUUACACCAACCGAAGUAUUGGGAAUGGUGUUCUCAAAUCUGAAGAGCAUAGCGGAGAGGAAUUUGAGUGCAGCAGUUGUUGAUUGCUGUAUUGGUAUACCUAUUUAUUUCACUGAUCUCCAAAGACAAGUUGUCAUCGAUGCAGCUACCAUUGCUGGUUUGCGCCCUCUCCGGUUGUUUCACGAAACCACUGCAACUGCUUUGGCAUAUGGAAUUUAUAAGACGGACUUACCUGAGAAUGACCAACUAAAUGUUGCAUUUGUUGACAUUGGUCACGCUAGUAUGCAAGUUUGCAUCGCUGGCUUCAAGAAGGGCCAGCUGAAGAUAUUGGCACAUUCAUUUGACCAAUCUUUAGGCGGCAGAGAUUUUGAUGAAGUUCUAUUCCAGCAUUUUGCAGGAAAGUUCAAGGAAAAAUAUGAGAUUGACAUCUUCCACAAUGCUAGGGCCUGCCUCCGGCUUCGUGCUGCUUGUGAAAUACUGAAGAAAGUUCUUAGUGAAUGCUCGGAGGCGCCUUUGUCUAUAGAGUGCUUGAUGGAAGGGAAGGAUGUUAGGGGCUUCAUAACGAGAGAAGAGUUUGAGCGAAUUAGCUCCCACAUCUUGCAACGUGUAUGGAAGAUAUUGGAGGAGGCUCUUUCAGAAGCUGGUUUGGGGGUGGGUAACAUUCAGGUGGUUGAGGUUGUUGGUUCAGGCUCUCGCAUGCCUGCCAUAAUCCAGGAUACUGACAGAAUUCUUUGGCAAAGAGCCUAGGCAUUCAAUGAAUGAGA